AUGGAUGAUCUCUACGACGAGUUCGGUAACUUCAUUGGUGAAGAGGUCGAGUCAGAGGAGGGCUCCGAGGUUGGCGUUGAGGCUGGCGACUACGUCUAUGAUGAUGAGCCAGAUGAGGCCCCUAGCGUGACGGGCCAGGAGCUCAUGCAGCUCGACGAUGGACCAUCAAACGCCAUUAUACUUCACGAAGACAAACAGUACUACCCAACCGCCGAGCAGGUGUACGGUGCCGAUGUCGAAACCCGUGUGGAAGAGGAGGACGCUCAACCGCUGACCCAGCCCAUCAUCGCGCCUGUCGAGCAGAAGAAGUUCAACAUCGAGGAAGCCGAUCUUCCACCCGUCUUUUUCGACCGCGAGUUCAUGACAGACUUGAUGAACUUUCCCGAACAGACAAGAAAUGUGGCAUUGGCAGGACAUUUGCAUCACGGAAAGACGGCCUUUAUGGACAUGUUGGUUCUCGAGACACACGACAUCACAGACCGAUUGGAACGAAGAGUAGGCAAGCACCGCGACGAACAAUUGAGAUAUACAGAUAUCCACAUUCUGGAAAGGGAGAGAGGACUAUCUAUCAAGGCUGCGCCAAUGAGUCUGGUGCUACCCAGCACCAAGGGCAAGUCGCAUCUUGUCAACCUGAUCGAUACCCCUGGACAUGUCAACUUUGUCGAUGAAGUCGCUGCCUCCUUCCGAUUAGUCGAUGGUGUCUGUUUGGUGGUGGACGUUGUCGAAGGAGUUCAGAUCAACACAGAGCAGAUCAUCAAGCAUGCUGUUCUCGAGGACAUCCCCCUGACCCUCAUCAUCAACAAGAUGGAUCGCCUCAUUCUCGAGCUGAAGCUACCCCCCAAGGACGCAUACUUCAAGCUCAAGCACGUUGUUGAGGAGGUCAACACUAUCAUCACAAACACAGCACCUACCAAGGCUGCUUCAAAGCGAAUAAGCCCCGAAAAGGGCAACGUCCUCUUUGCCUGCACGGAUAUGGGCUGGUGUUUUACGCUACCAAGCUUCGCCAAGAUGUACACAGAUACCUUUGGGGAUAUCAACGUCGACGAGUUCGCAAAGCGAUUAUGGGGCGACAUUUACUAUAACCCCAAGAAGCGAAAUUUCUCGCGAAAGCCCAUUGAUGAGCGUUCAUCACGUUCAUUCGUUCACUUCAUCCUUGAACCCAUCUACAAACUCUUCACGCACUCCAUCAGCGACAGUCCCGAGGAGUUGAAGCCGGUUUUGGCUUCACUGGGCAUUGAACUCAAGCCUUCCCAGUACAAGGCCGAUGCUAAGGUGCUGCUGAAGCUAGUCUGCGAGCAGUUCUUUGGACCUUCAACCGGCUUCGUGGAUAUGAUUGUCAAGCACAUCCCAUCGCCCAUCGAGACUGCCGAGAGGUUGUUGGAGAGAUACUAUACCGGUCCCUUGGACACCAAGGUCGCUGCCUCAAUGAAGACUUGCGAUCAGGAUGGACCAUUGGUCGUGCAUAUCACAAAGCUCUUCAACACAGCAGACGCCAAGAGCUUCCAUUCUUUUGGCCGUGUGCUAAGUGGAACAGUUCGACCGGGUAUGCAAGUUCGUGUUCUUGGCGAAGGCUAUUCUCUGGAUGACGAGGAAGAUAUGGCUAUGGCGAAUAUUGCAGAAGUUUUUAUCGGCGAGACAAGAUACAACAUCCCUACAGACGGUGUCCCAGCCGGUAACCUCGUACUGCUAAGUGGUGUUGAUAACUCCAUCGUCAAGUCAGCCACCAUCCUCCCUCCUAAACUUGAAGACGACGAGGACGCCUACAUCUUCAAGCCCAUCACACAUUUCACAGAAUCGGUCCUCAAGGUUGCUGCUGAACCCAUCAACCCUUCAGAACUUCCCAAGAUGCUUGACGGUCUCAGGAGGAUCCAAAAAUCCUACCCACUUAUCAAGACCAAGGUCGAGGAGUCGGGUGAACACGUCGUCCUCGGAACUGGAGAGCUGUAUAUGGACUGUGUGUUGCACGACUUGCGUCGUCUAUAUGCCGAUAUGGAUAUCAAGGUUUCUGAUCCCGUCACACGGUUCUGCGAGACUGUUGUCGAGACAUCAGCGACAAAGUGCUAUGCCAUUACACCGAACAAGAAGAACAAGAUCACCAUGGUUGCUGAACAACUAGAAAAGGGCAUCUCAAAUGAUAUCGAGAGCGGAGCAGUAAACAUCCGCGAUCCCAUUCGAAAGACAGCCAAGUUCUUCGAAGAGAAGCACGGCUGGGACAAGCUGGCUGCCCGCAGUAUCUGGGCGUUCGGGCCUGAAGAAACAGGACCCAACAUUCUCCAAGAUGAUACCCUCCCCACUGAAGUUGACAAGAAAACCCUCAACGCAGUUAGGGAAUCUAUUCGACAAGGAUUCAGCUGGGCAACCCGCGAGGGACCCUUGUGUGAAGAACCGAUACGAAACACAAAGUUCAAGGUUACAGACGUGCUUCUGGCCAACGAGGCCAUCUUCCGCGGAGGUGGCCAGAUCAUCCCCACAUCUCGCCGAGCAUGCUAUUCUUCCUUCCUCAUGGCAUCGCCUCGCCUUAUGGAGCCUGUCUAUUCAGUCUCUGUGACAGGACCUGAAGAGUCAUACAUGGAGGUUUACAACGUGCUUUCACGUCGUCGCGGCCAUGUUCUGUCGGAUGGUCCUGUUGCCGGCACGCCGCUAUAUCGCGUCAACGGAUUGCUACCAGUCAUUGAUAGUUUCGGUUUUGAGACAGAUCUGCGAAUCAAGACUCAGGGUAGCUCCAUGGUGAGUCUCGUGUUUGACAGCUGGAGUAUCGUGCCUGGUGAUCCUCUCGAUCGCGAGCAGAUCAUCCGCCCCCUCCAGCCUGCCACCGCACAAGCCACCGCUCGCGACUUCGUCCUCAAGACGCGAAAGCGCAAGGGUCUCAGCGAAGACGUUAGCGUCAAGACGUUCCUCGAGCCCGAAUUCUACCAGAGCCUAAUGGAAAGCGGAAUGCUGGGGGAGAUCUAG